CUUGGAAUUAAAAAUGUCAGAAAGUGUCAAAAGGAAUGUUAAAUCAUUUACGCCUUACGUUGCAAAACCGUCAGAUAUUCCUUCGGUUGAAGCAUCAAUGGAUCCCCUAAGAUAGUUUAAACCAUUUUUUUAAGUGCAAAGUUCAAAUGAUCCUUAGGUCUAAUAGAUGUCAACUGAUCAUCAGCCCUUAUUUUUCAAUACUCCUUUUAACUUUGAUAUUUCUUAAAAAGUCUCAUUAGAUGGAACUAAUGAUCAUUUGCUUAACUAUUAAAAAAUCAUAGGACUUCCUGUAAAUAGCUCUCUUGAUAGUAAAUCGGUGUAAAAACAACUUGAUGUUUUUCAAUCCUAAAGUCGCUUUUUUGCUACAAAGAUGCCAUUUAUUUACAAUUCGCCUAUGUAAUCCAUUUAUCCUUAUUUACAUUCCCAGUAUUAAAAUGAAUUACCUCGCUAUUCUAAUCAGAGUCUAGAUAAAUAGGUUAAACAAAAUUAAACUAAUGUUUCUUAAUUAUUUGUUUUCAAACCUCCUUCUUAAUCAUAAGAAUAAUAAGAUUUCAAUUAGAUUCCUUUUAAUAAUAAACAAGAAAAAUGGUUAAGGCGUGUUAGCUCAUGUGAAAGCAUUGAUUUAAAAGUUAAAGAAAACAGUUAGAAACAGCUUAAUAAAGUCGAUAAUCAAUUAAAGAUAGAAAAACGCAUUAGAAAAAGAAUUUCAGUGUAAGAGAGUUCUGAUUCUUAUAAAGUCUAACGCAAAUAGAAGGGGCCUAAAGUUAAUGAUACCAAAAAUAUCACUAAAAAUUUCUCAAAAGCCAUUAUUUCUUAUAUCCUAAACAAUGAAGAAUUAAUUUAAAAACUCAUAACACCAGAUUAAUUUGAAAGUUUUAUUGCUUUAUUAAAGAAUAAAAAAAAUGCAAUGACUAAUAUCAAAUAGCUUCGUGAUUUGUGGGUAGAAAAUGGUAAGAAUCCUGAAUUUAAUAAGAUGUUUCGAAUCAUUAGGUAUUUUUAAAUUUAUUAUUAAGCCAAUACUUUCUAAAAAAUUAGGCAGUUCCAUACGUUUAUAAUUCGAGAAUUUCCAAUACAGCUUGGCAUCUCAAAUAUAGAUAUAAUUUAUUGAGAGCACUGAAAGAACCUGAAAACUUUAAAUUUAUUAAAGAUAUAUGA